GCUAGUGACGCUGGGAUGCAAACACUCCUCGUGCUACGCUACAUCACCCUCCAAAUCCAACGACUCCACUUGCUGUGUCCUGUCCUGCACCGCAACCUGGUGAAAUCAGCAAGCUAAGCCGUCGAUAUAAAGCAAAGCACCGUAUCAGUUAGCGCACCAAAACCUUUAGCUUCAACCUCACUUCACCGAGGCACUGCGGUCUCACCAACAGAGCUAGCCAAGGGAGGAAUUGAGAAAGCGAGCUGAAGGAGGUAGGCCAUGGCGGCGGCGGCGGCGGCGGCAACGCACGAACCGGAGCAGCAGCAGCAUGGGCAUCGCAACGGCACGGCCACGACGCCGGCGUCGACCAUCGCGAGCAACAGGUGGGGGCCCUACUCCGGCGCGGGCGACUUCGCGAGCAACAUGGCCGUCAUCCUGGCCGCGCUGCUCGCCGCGCUGGCGCUCGCCCUGGCGCUUCACGCCGCCGCGAGGUACCUGCUCCGCCGCUGCCGCCCCCGCCCUGUAGAGGACCCGGAGAAGCAGAGUCCUCCCGCGGCCGCCGAGGCCCCGGCGCCCCUCGUGUACUCGGCGGCGGGGACCAAGCUGGUGGGCGCCGCGGCGGCGGAGUGCGCGAUAUGCCUGGGAGAGUUCGUGGACGGGGACGCCGUGCGCGUCAUGCCGGCGUGCGGGCACGGGUUCCACGCGCGCUGCAUCGAGCGCUGGCUCGCUGGCGGCCGGCGCUCGUCCUGCCCGACGUGCCGCGCGCCGGCGGCUUCGACGCUGCUGCAGCCGCGAGGCGCCGACGCCGGGGAGACCGUGCCGUCUUGAUGAUGGCAAAGUUAUGUGCAGAUCGUUGUCUUGGCAAUAGUCCUGUUCUUCUGUGUUCUUCUCUUUCUACUCUCAGUUCUUUCUUCUUCCUGCUUUAUAACUAAUGUGUAAAUAUUUAUCGACUUUGGAUCUGAAUAUUCAGCUGGGUGGACGGUUUCAUGUCUGAUGUUCUUGCUGACAAUGUUUGAUGAACUGAAAUUAUUCGGAGGUACGUGGUUCGAUGAUUCUGUGUUAUCAGAUUCUUUUUGUAGCAAGUCCUUCCGAAAGAAAGAAAAAAUUGUAGCAAGUAGCACUUACUUUUUGGAUCCGGCUAUAUCACCGGAUUUAGUAGACAGAUCAGAUCCAUUGGAUAAGUAUUUGCACUCAUUUCACUUUUCUUUUUUCAUCGUUUGUUUGCUUCAAAUCUUAAAACACAAACAUAUCAAAUUCAAUAAAAUCGUAAUCUUUUUCAACUAUUGGAGGAGGAUCGGCUGCCCUUCGUGGCGGGACGCUUUCGUGUCCGAUAAUUGCCACUCUUUGUGGCUCCCAUGAGAACUUAUUUAUUUUUUUUGAAAAAAGGGUUUUCCCCAGCUUCCUUAACAAAGCCAUAUAUAGGGUUACGGUGUUCAGCACUUAGAAGCUGUUUUUUUUCUGUACUUGCAGUCUUAGUUUUUUUUAAGGUGUUAAGUCAAUAGUCAUGUAUAUUUAAAAAUGCACGUUUGGGUCCAAAAACUAUGUUUAUUGGUACAUCACAUGUCACGAGUUUGUGUGGGCGUGUCUGACCUGUUGACGCCGCGUUUUGACCCAUCUCGCGUCGACUUGGGCCCACAUGAUGGCAAACCAGAUGAAACCUAAUCUUGUCUCUCUUCUUUCCAUUUCUUGGUCCCCACCGAGGCGGCGCACGACGCGGGUGACUCUGCGGAGAUUGUUGGACAGCGAACGCCUGCUACCCACUACUGGAUGAGGGGUUGCUCAUGGCGUCGCCGCCAAUGUCAGCUUCCUUACCAUCAUCAUUGUCGAGGUCUCGCCGCCGUUCAAGGGUGAGAAGGGAGAGGAGAGCAAAGGAGGAGGUGCAGACAAAGAGAGUGAGCAGGAGGGGGAGAAGGUUUAAAAAAACAUAGCACGUGCAUUUUCAAAAAUAUAGGACUAACUUGACACCUUUAAAAAAAUGAGGACCGCAUGUGCAUUCUACUCUUUCUAUUUACUUAGGUGUAAGAUCCAAACUCUAGUAAUAUUGUCAUAAUAAUUGACAGAAUUUAAAUUACAAGUGGUUGUUGUUCAUGAA